CACACCCUCUCUCCCCACUCUGGCGCACACUCCCCUGCUCUCUCUUUCUGCCUUGCGCGGAGCGAGGGGGAGAGAACCGGGAAAGGGGAAGAAUGAGGAAGACGUCCACCGCGCUGCGCGCCUGGUCUCAGCGACUGCGGGUUUGCUGAUGAAGCAUCGCUCCGGUCACCCGAUCAUACAGGUCACUCAGGUUGCGCUGCGGGGAAACGAGGAGUUGGCAGGAACGAAAGAUAACGGCAAGAAAUAAAAACAAAACUGUGCAUGGGAAUCCGGACUUCUCUGCCCUCCCUUUGUGCGUCUCGGUCGUUGGAUACGCUGUCUUGGCCAGCGUAUAAGAGCUCCCUGCGUCUCCAUUACCAGUCCCUACUACAGGCUUACCUCUACUACCACUCCUCCUCCUCCUGUUACCCAUUCUGCUUUUUGCAAGAGCCAUACUGCUGAUUUUCUUUUUUUUUUUACUAUCAACUCUGAAUUGAGGAGACGCGCACGAUUAUAAAGGUUGAAAAUUCUCCAGUGUGAUCUCCCAGGCCUGGUCGUGUUGUCAGCAUGGGCUGCUGGGAUUGCACCACCAUCCUGUCGCCUGCUCUGAGGCUAGCAGUUGUUACUGGGAUUCUCCUCCUUAAGCUCCAUCCCACGCUGGCUGGUGCCCCUCCUGAGCCAAACCUGGGCAGCUCAGUUUUGGCGGUGUCCACAAACAAAACUGAAUGCAGCAAAGCUGAACAGUGUGAAAAGGGGGUCCUGCUACCUGUUUGGGAGCCCCGGAACCCAUCAUUUGGAGACAAGGUCGCACGGGCUACGGUGUAUUUUGUGGCUUUGGUUUACAUGUUCCUUGGCGUGUCAAUCAUUGCAGACCGUUUCAUGGCAUCAAUAGAGGUCAUCACAUCGCAGGAAAAAGAGAUCACCAUCAAGAAACCCAACGGAGAAACCACCACGACUACGGUUCGGAUCUGGAAUGAGACAGUGUCCAAUCUCACCCUCAUGGCUCUGGGCUCCUCUGCUCCUGAAAUCCUUCUGUCUGUCAUAGAAAUCAUAGGUCAUGGCUUUCACGCUGGCACACUAGGCCCCUCUACCAUUGUGGGGUCUGCAGCGUUCAACAUGUUUGUCAUCAUCGGGAUUUGCGUGUAUGUCGUACCUGACGGCGAGACGAGGAAGGUCAAGCACCUUCGCGUCUUCUUUGUCACGGCCGCCUGGAGUAUCUUCGCUUACAUUUGGCUCUACCUGAUCCUGUCCGUGAUCUCUCCUGGAGUUGUGCAGGUGUGGGAGGGCCUGCUCACUUUCCUCUUCUUUCCUAUUUGCGUGGUGUUUGCCUGGGUGGCUGACCGCCGCCUGCUGUUUUACAAGUAUGUGUACAAGCGUUACCGCACUGGCAAGCAGCCACGGAUGAUCAUCGAGACAGAGGGCGAUCGUCCACUUCCUUCCAAGGUGGACAUUGAGAUGGAUGGGAAGAUGCUGAACUCUCAUGGUGUUGACUUUCUGGAUGGGCCUCUUGGCUUAGACAUUGAUGAGAAGGAUCUGGAUGAGGAGGAGACUCGCCGAGAUAUGGCUAAGAUCCUGAAGGAGCUCAAACAGAAACACCCUGACAAGGAGGUGGAACAACUCAUUGAGCUUGCCAACUACCAAGUUCUGAGCCAGCAGCAGAAAAGUCGAGCUUUCUAUCGAUGCCAAGCCACCCGGCUGAUGACAGGCGCUGGCAAUAUUCUGAAAAAACACGCUGCCGAUCAGGCACGGAAGGCCGUCAGCAUGCACGAGGUUCGCUCUGACGCUGGUGAUAACGAUCCCAUCUCUAAGAUCUAUUUCGAACCAGGUUCAUACCAGUGUCUUGAGAAUUGUGGCACCGUGGCUGUGAAUGUGGCGCGGCGAGGCGGCGACCUGGGCAAAACUGUCUCCGUGGAGUACCGGACCGAAGAUGGCACGGCCAAUGCUGGCUCUGACUACGAGUUCACCGAGGGGGUGGUGGUGUUCAAGCCUGGUGAGACGAUGAAAGAGAUCCGCGUAGGCAUCAUUGAUGACGACAUAUUUGAAGAGGACGAAAACUUCCUCAUUCACCUUUCGAGUGUCAAGGUGUUGACGUCAGAAGGGGAGGAGCCGGAGGAAGGUGAAUCGGCGAACCACGUAGACUCUGUGGCAUGUCUCGGCAUUCCCUCCACAGCGACCGUUACCAUAUUCGACGACGACCACGCUGGUAUCUUUACGUUCGAGGAGCCUGUUUGCCACGUCAGUGAGAGCAUCGGCACAAUGGAAGUGAAGGUGCUGAGAACAUCCGGGGCGCGAGGUGUGGUCAUGCUGCCAUAUAAAACGGUUGAAGGAACAGCCCGCGGUGGUGGAGAAGACUUUGAAGACACUCAUGGCGUCCUGGAAUUUCAAAAUGAUGAAAUCUUUAAAACCAUCAAGGUGAAAAUAAUUGACGACGAGGAGUACGAGAAGAACAAAACCUUCUACAUUGAGAUUGGGGAACCUCACCUGGUCGAGAGCAAUGACACCAAAGGUCAGAAAGAGGAGGAAAAGCAGGAGGAAGAGCGAGAGGAAGAGGAGCCACUGACAAAAAAGGAUGAAGAGGAGCGACGCAUAGCAGAAAUGGGCCGCCCCAUGCUGGGUGAUCAUCCCAAACUGGAGGUUGUUAUUGAGGAAUCGUAUGAGUUCAAGAACACAGUGGACAAGCUCAUAAAGAAGACCAACCUGGCCCUGCUGGUAGGAACCAACAGCUGGAGAGACCAGUUCAUAGAAGCCAUCACUGUAAGCGCAGGCGAAGACGAUGACGAUGAGGAGUGCGGUGAGGAGAAACUGCCCUCGUGCUUCGACUACGUCAUGCAUUUCCUCACGGUGUUUUGGAAGGUUCUGUUCGCCUUCGUGCCACCCACUGAUUACUGGAGCGGUUGGGCCUGCUUCGUCGUCUCCAUCUGUAUGAUCGGACUCCUCACCGCUGUCAUUGGGGAUCUGGCUUCUCAUUUUGGCUGCACAGUGGGCCUGAAAGACUCUGUCACAGCUGUUGUAUUUGUUGCACUGGGAACUUCUGUGCCAGAUACAUUUGCCAGUAAGGUGGCUGCUAUCCAGGACCAGUACGCAGAUGCAUCCAUUGGUAAUGUGACAGGCUCCAAUGCUGUCAAUGUUUUCCUGGGCAUCGGGGUGGCGUGGUCCAUUGCUGCCAUCUACCACAACAGCAAGGGGGAGGACUUUAAAGUGGAUCCAGGCACUCUGGCUUUCUCCGUCACUCUCUUCACCAUAUUUGCCUUUAUCGCCGUCGGCACUCUGAUGUACCGGCGGCGACCAGAGAUUGGCGGAGAGCUUGGCGGGCCCCGGACUGCGAAGGUCCUGACCACCAUGAUGUUCGUCAGCCUGUGGCUCCUCUACAUUCUCUUUUCGUCACUGGAGGCCUAUUGCCACAUCCAAGGCUUUUAAGAUGAUAGGAAAUGACAAAGGGAAGGAUGGGAAAGGACAACGACAAGAUGGAAGAAACCGGGGAAAAGUGAAUUAAGGAAAGGUUUUGGAUAAGGCUGUUUUGCUUAUCUAUUCCUCCUUCCCCUUUGUGCAAUACAUUGAAUGGCAAAUGAAUGGAUGGAUUUGGAUGUACAGAUGAGGGACUUUUAGAUGCAUUAAAGCAUCUAAAAACAAAAUGGAAGGAAGCACAGAUGCAUGGAACGAUAAACACGAGAAUCAUAGCAGCUAGAUAAGUUACUCAGAAGAAAAUGAGGGCAAAAAGGGAUUAAAGUAAUUUUUGUCUCAUACCACAAAUGCAGGCUCAUCAAGUUGUCAAUUCAAGUUUUAACGGCAUAUCUCUAGAAUUGUAAACACAUACAUGCUAAUAAACAUAUUUUUUUCUGUUUUUUUUUUUUUUUACCUGGAUGCAGCUCAAAAAACUGGAGGUGUGCUUAAACAAGGGCAAUCACUUCUUCAGUUGGAGCCGCCCGUCUUUGGUGUCCAGAUACAAAAAUAUUGUUAUCUACAUGCAUGACCAGACAACACUCGAAACACAAUCAGAAUGGUUCAUUGUCACAUCUGUUUACUGACAACAAACUGAGUUUGCUGGCGUGUGACGAUGUGUUUGUGCUUGUGUGCCGUGGAAGGAUGGUGAAAUACUGUGAAAAAAAGCCUCUCGUUUUUUUUUUUUUGCUGCGUGAGACUAAAUGCUUUCAAAUUUGAAGUCUUCUCUGACUCUCAUUGUCUCAGCUUGUAGAAUUUGCUGAGUAGGACUCUGGGAUGGGAACGUUCAGUGUGGUAAAAUUGUUCAUCGUUGCCGAGGUCAGAGGUGUAAAUACUUGAAGCUGAACGUGCAUUGAAGCUUCACUGAUUUUUCUUCUGAAUGUCUUAGUUCUGCCCUGCGCUCCUGAACGGGCACUUGUUUUGUUGCUUUAAAUUGUAGAUAUAAAUGAUUUAAUAACCUAUUUAAAUGAAGAAGGGGUUAAUGUGCUUAUACCUUUAAAAAGGCCAUGUCUGUGAAGACAGGCAGGCCACUCUACCGUUUAAAACUGUUAGAGAAAUUAUAACCAUUACAUUGAAAACUAAGUUGAUCUUGCAUACUUUUUGUGCUGAUUUUCCACUAAGAUUACUACAAUCAUUUUUUGAAUCAUAUCACUAAUACACACUUUAAAAGAUGUAUAAACAUUUCAUAGCAGUUUCUGCUAAACCCGACUGGCAUUCUGUUAAUUGUCUGUUUUACUCGGGCACUGCUUGGUUGAACAAUUUCAGGCAACGUUCAGGUGUCACUUCUACCCAAAACUCUUAAGGGCUUCACAACAAACCACAACAAUUUUUAGACCCCAACCAUUAAAUUACAAUUGCUAGCAUAUCAGAAGUUCAAAUAAUGCUAAACCUCAUAUAGCAAUUUCUGUUUAUGGAACUUCAACGUCAAAAGAAAAACUAACAUAAGACUACACAAAAAAAAAGAUUUGCUCUUAAAAUUACAAAAAAAAAAAAAAACAAGUUGUCAAAACUAAUAAGUAUUGAUAAACUGCCCACUGUGGGACCAAGUUAUUCAGUUAGACCGUAUUCCUGGUGGGUUCAUUUUCCAAUGACUACAAAUUGCAUAAAACUCCAAAAAGUAAAAUCUAUUUUGUUCUUUCCUUUCCACCUCUGUUCGUAAAUAAUUUUUAAAUUUUCUUUUCUUCAAGCUCAUAUUUUGUUUAGAACUACAUUCUCUGAUUUACUCUUUCGUGUCAAACUUUCAAAACAAUUUUCACUUCAUACCAACCUCCAACAUAAAAGCCAUCAAAAAGAGGAAAAGCUGAUAAAGUAUUUGCAGUUUGUGCUGAAGUCAGCCUCUAAUACAAGUCAGGGUGAAUUCUCCUACUACAAAAAAACUCUAUAAGGACAUCUUUUAUUGGACAUCUUUCAUAUAAACCCUUUGUUUGACAAGCUUGAAGAAAAUGGAGUAAAACCAAAGGUUAGGAAGAUAGUUCUGUUCCAAACUCUUAAAUCAUGUGCAUUUACCCAACCUCUGAUAAACUGAGUCUUGUGCCAAAACAUGAGUUUAACACAUGAACCACACUCAUAAAGUUCGUUGUUCAAACCAAGCAGUGUUAUCAAAAAUAUUUUAAAGAUGAUUUUAGUGUAGUUCAACUAUCAUACUUGGAUAAGAAAAACGAUCAGAGGUCCUGUCAGGUUUGCACUGAUAUAAUUAUGCCUUACUGGCAUCCAAGUAUAAGCUUUGGGAGUUUGUUUAAACACUUUCUUAAUAACUUGAUUGUCAAUAACUGUGACACUAUUGCCAUCUAUCCUGGGUGGAGUGUAUUAAACGAUUCCAUCAGGCUUUAUGUUACAAAGAAGAAAUGUUCUUGUUCCAAAACGCUUCAAGGUAAUUCAAUAUCAGUUUGCUUUUAGCUGAAAUUUGAGCCAGUUUCACCACUCAGCGAUUUUAGGGUGGGGGAGGGGCCCGACGGCAGUGGUCUCCAUCUAAAAAUGACUGGGAAUCACUGAAAAUACAAUUGGAGAUUGUGAAAACAUUUUUUAAUAUAGUACCUAUCAAGCCUUGUUGAAACUGUAGGUACAAAAUGUUUUAAUGAGAAGUCAAACAAAACUUUAUUGAAACAUCACAUUGGCAUCAAACGAAGCAAAGCAAAAAAAUAAAAAUAAAAACAGAUUAAAUCUUCAGUUUUGACUGUGAGAAGUCCAGACUUGAGACUGUUAUUUUAUUCAUUCAGCUACAACUACAAAGAACUCAGCGUACGCAAACUUGUACUAUAGCACUAUUGUAUGCAACUGAAUUGGCUUGUAUUUCCCUUAUCAUGUAUUGUUUUCUAUUUAAUGUAUAAUUAGUAUUUUAAAUGUCAUCUGUAAAAUAACUUGUCUGGACUAGAUGUGUAACAUUGUAAACUUUGCAGUGGUCUAGUUACAAACACCUUGCAGUGCUGGUGAGAGUAAACCUAAACAGAGGCCUCUUAUGGACAAUUUUGGGAAAUCCAAAGUGCUAUGAAGAUUGAUGUUUAUUUUAACUGCUUUAAGUUUUAUAAAAUUAUUGACCAUAGGUGUGGAUAAUGACACAAGAAUGCACAUUUCAGAAGAUGAUGCUACAUGGAUCAAUCCAGUAUAAUGACUGCUUUUGCAAACAAUUGUUUAUAUUACAAAGAAAAUAAUCUUUUGACAGUGAAACUCUAAUCUUUUAUUAUUGCAUUUGACAAACUCUAAUUAUAUGACUUUUUAUAAAAGAACUGUUUUCAUAUGAUUUAUUUCGAUUGUGUCAAUUUCCCCAUUUUGCCAAAAAAGAAAUAUAUCAGAAAAUAAUAGCAAUCCUAUAUUUAAGCAGGUUUUCUCUUUUUGUUUUGUUUUUCUCUCUUAAAAUGCCACCAUUUUCAUUGACAAUCUAAUCAAAACAAAAGCCUUGCUGAUUGAAUCUAACCCAAAUGUUUAAUUUUAAUUUGUCUUUUCACUGACGUGGAGUUGAGGGUUUAUACACUGUAAAAAGUUAUGUUAGUAAAAAAAAAAUUAAAGAAACGACAUCCAUUUGGACAAACUUUAAUGGAGCAUAAUUUGUCUAGACUUUUGCAAAUUUCCGUUGAGUUUACCUUUAAACUUGUCUGCUACUUGAGUUGUUACGAUAAGCUUUAUAGGCAGGUUCAGAAUUUCGCAGUAAUGUAAUUGUUUGCAUCAAGUCAAUUUAGAAGCAAACUUUUUUCGUCGGUUAGCAACACACCGCUGAUACGAAGCUAACGGCAGAUUAUCGACAUCUGUUGACAGGAUUUUAACCAAGAAUGGAAGCAACAGCUAAUAAAAGUUAGCUGCAACCAGCAUGUUUUGCUUGCUUUACCAACUAUGAUUGUCAAUGCAAAACAGGAUCUUUUUUUUUUUUUUUUUUGUAAUGCAUCUUAACCCUGCUAAGAAUAACAUUUUAAUUUAGCUUCUGGUCUUGGUUUGGACUUCUGCAUGCAGAAAAGUCACCACUGCAAUAUGUAGAAACACUCAAAGUAAUGAAGGAAUGGGCGAGAGCCUUUGUUAAUCAGUGGUGGAGGUUUUAAAAUGAAGUGAGCAAGGUUUGACGGGAAGCAAAAGCAUUGCACUGGUUCUUGUUGCUUAUGUGAAGCGGCCGUGAUGAUUCACUCAGAGUUUGUUUUUUGAUGUAGACAACAUUUUUUUUUGUUUUGUUCGACUACAGUAAUAAUGUUCCUGUAAAAAGAAAAAAAUUAUAAUAAUCCAGUGGUGUUGAAUCCCGUUGUGAAUCAUUAACAAUGUUACUUCUAAUGUAAAAGUUGAUGAAAAUGUCUUUGUUGCAUCGUUCGCGCUUUAACUGACUCCGUCGGACAGACUGGGACAUAAAUGCAAAAUGAGAUUGUCGAAUGAGGAAAUGGAAGGACGCAUAUCCCUGCUGAGCAAAAUGUACUGCUGGCAACGAAAAAAGAAGGGGGGGCAUUACCAGAGCUGUUCUCUACCUUUAACUACCAUUUUAACAAUAUAAUGUUAAGAAGAAGAUUGAAGAUAAAGGAAUACAAGGACGCAUAGUAGAGAAUAAAAAUAAUGAUGAUAAUAAUAAUAAUAAAUGAAGUUACAGCCAUACAUAGAUUUCUGGGUCAGUGAGCUAAAAUGGACUCCUCCUGCCCAGCAUGUGUAUUGUUACGGUGUCUUAUCUGUCCCUGUGUCUUCUUCCCUUUCUUUCAACUAUUUUUUUCUCAAUCUCCUCUGCUGCCAAAUUAACUAAAACAGGCAGUAAUACUUCUGUUCUGUAUUUGUCACCCCCCCAAAAAAACCAAUUCUACCUUCUGUCUCCCAAUGCCAUGUUUUCCAUAAUUUGGAAUGUCAAUGUGCUACUUGUUGACACUGUGCAUGAAUGAUAUCAUGUCUGUAUAUAGUGUUAGAGAAUUGUAUCCCAUUCCCAUGGUCUUUGACAGAAAAAGGUUUGAAUGUUGUACAGAAUAAUAUGUUUUUUAGUUUAUCUUAUAUUCUAUUUAGUUACAUUUGGUGUGUAGAGCUUAACAUUGGGUUUUUAAUUCAAACGAAGCUGCAAAGCCUUUUUGUUCUGAUGUAAAUGCACAUUACUUUCUGUGUUAAAAAGGCAAUAUCUGCUGUUAUUGAAUGAGAGAGAUAUUAAAGGAGUUAUGUAUCUUAAAUAAAUCUAUAUGGGAUCUGCAUGGGUUAUUUAUAUAAAAAUAAAAGAGAAGAAAAGGGGUAAAAAAGAGUGCUUGCUACUUUUAUUACUUUGGCUGUAUUCUCUGAGGAUAAGGAAUACUGUGUGUAUAUCUAAAGGUUAUUUUGUCUUUAAAGGAAAUAUUAUGUAUAUAAUGUACAGUGUUAUCAGUGAGAUGGACUAUAUGGCCGUCACACUAACCAUAGAGAUUAAUCCUACAUAUUUAUUUAGAAGGAAAACACUCACUACACUCAAGAAUGACAUAUAUUGCCUUUUUGGAGAAGUUUCAAACUUGUCUAUUUCUGCCUUGUCUUUCUUCUCCUUUUUUCCACUUCUUCAAUCUUAAUUCUUCCUUCUCAUUUUUUCUGCUUUCUCCUUUUUUCCCCUUUUGGAGAGAUGCUUUAAAUGGGUGAGUGAUUUCAAUUUAUUUUGAGUAGCCUAUGGUUGCUUUCAGCGCUGAGUCAGCAGUAUCUUUGUGCCGACUGGUGUCCACCCGUAAUACCUUUUGUUUGUCAGUAUCUGUAGUUGCGCACAAUAAAUUUGUCCUCAUCAGUCUUUCUGUCUCAAAGAAUCGUUUGCAUAUUUUUAAGUUACCAUCUGCCAGUUUCUUAACGGUUUGUCAUUUUUUUUCUUGGUUUCUAAAUCCCUCUUUUUAUAUAUAUAAAUUUUAAUCUAACCCUUCCUCUCCGCCAAAGCAUCUUUUUUUUCCUUUUCAGCUAUCUUUCUUUUAAUCUUCCUCUUUUGUUCUUCUUUUAGCUCUCACAGGGUGGAUUUUAGUCAUUUGCUGUGUCUUUUU